AUUUAUGCCUGGAUCUAGCUAGUAUCUAUACGCUCCCAAUCCAAGCAACCCAAGCAAGAGCUUCCCAAAGGUAGUAGAGACUAGAGGGAAGAAGAAGAUGUAACCUAGCAAGAGAGGGUGAGAGUCCACCGUGCAAGCAUGGCCAUGGAGGCGGUGGUCUCAACUUCUUUGAGCGGCAUCAUGUCCUCUCUUGUGAAGUUGGUCGUCAACGAGUGGUGCGUGGAAAAGACCAUGAAGGACGAGCUGACGAACCUCUACGACGAGCUUAUGAACAUGGACGCUUUCCUUGAGGAUGUCUCCAGCGUGCCACCGGAUCAGCUUGAGUCGCAGGUGAAGCUCAGGGCCCGCGAGGUCAGGGAGCUGUCGCAUGCCAUCGGGACACACCUCCACUCCUUCAUGGCACGCAUCGAGUCAACCAAGGGUGCCCUCCUUCCUAGCGUGAGCAAGGUGAACAUUCAGCAAGAGAUGGACAGAUACGUCAAAGAAAUCAUGAAGAAGGUGGAGAAGGUGAGUAAACGGUAUGGCCCUUAUCCUUGUAAGAGUGCCCUGGAAAGUACUUCCUCAUUGGAAGUCAGCACACGUAUGUUUGCCACGGACACUAGGGAAUCUAACCAUGUUGGCCUAGAAGGGGCAAUUGCCGAGCUAACCAAGAAGCUGUCCAAGAGUGAUCAUGUCUCCAUUGUCGGGAUGGGGGGGAUGGGCAAGACCACCCUUGCUCGAGCAGUCUACGACAAGAUGAAAGGUGAUUUUGAUUGCGGAGCUUUUGUUCCCAUCGGUCAGAGAGCCGACAUGAAGAGGGUUCUGAUGUACAUCUUCGACGGACUUCACAUGGAGAUCUAUGGUCACGAACCAGACCAACACCAGCUAACCAACCAGCUGCAAAGUUUCCUGGUGGAUAAGAGGUGCUUAAUUGUCAUCGACGAUAUAUGGGAUAAGGAAACAUGGAACUUUGUUGAACUUGUUUUUAAGGGUUGUGCUGGAAUUAAAAUCAUCACCACCACUCGUAACCGAAAUAUUGUCAAAGGAGUUGGUGUCACAGUGUACACAAUGAAACCACUUUCCCCUGCCGACUCGAAAGAGUUGCUCCGAACCAAAGCUCAAGUUAAAAGCCAUGAUGCAGAAUUUGAUACACUGUCAGAUCAAGUUUUGUGUAAAUGUGGUGGUGUGCCAAUAGCUAUCACUAUGAUAGGUGUGUUGCUUGCAGAACAUCAAAGCAAAGAGUGGCAUGGGGUGUAUGAUUCUAUUGGUUUUGAUGAGCACAAGGAGGAUGGGGCUUUCCAGCACAUAAGGAAGGUGUUAUCCUAUAGCUAUUAUGCUUUACCCUAUAAUAUCAAGAGAUGCUUUCUGUACCUAAGCCUGUUCCCAGAAGACCACUGGAUCGAGAAGAAUAUGCUGAUAUGGAGGUGGGUUGCAGAAGGCCUUGUCCCUGAGGGGUCAUUUGAGAUUGGGGAGACCUAUUUCAAGGAGCUAAUGGAUAGGUGCAUGAUCCAGUGGGCAGUGAGCCCUCAUGACCCCAGCCAAGGUGGUUGCCGUGUCCACAUUUUGAUGCUUCGCGUCAUCCGUGACCUGUCAAGCAGCGAGAAUUUCUCCACCGUGCUAGGCCUAGGCAUGAAGCAGGAGAGCAUAUCCAGAACCAUACCCAUUCAUAGAUUAGCCAUCCACGAAGGCGAAGCAAUGGUGGGUCGAAGUCAAAACAGUAGACUGCUGGAAGUGAGGGAGGUGCUGUCAUUGUAUGCCAGCACAUGCCCCGGCAGCAGCUUGCCACCACUCCGGGAGUUUGAAAACUUGCGUGUAAUGGAUCUGGAGAGAUGUGAUUUAUCCUUGAGAGAUUCCAAUCUGGAGCAGCUCGGCAGAUUGAAAGUGCUCAAGUAUGUUGGGCUUGUCGGCAUACACAUGGCUGAGCUCCCAAGGAGAAUAGGACGCCUCAAGCUACUAGAGAUACUCGACGUGACGGCCACUAGCAUCAGAGAGCUGCCACCGUUCGUCGAGGAGCUAAGGAAGCUUAGGUGCCUGCGUGCUGGCAAGGGCACAAGGAUGAUGGGUCGGGUAGGGAUGCUGACGUGCCUGGAAGAGUUGUGGCUGCACUCGGCGGACAAGUCCCCGGACUUCGCCGCCGAGCUCCAGAAGCUGAGCGAGAUGCGGGUGCUGGUGAUCCACUUGGACGAGGUGGACGAGGGCGUGCAGAAGAAGCUGGUGGUGUCCCUGCAUAAACUGAGGAAGCUCCAGGUCCUGCAGGUCUGGUCCGACGCAGAGGAGAAGGCACGCCUUGGCAGUCGUGAUUGGGAAGGCAGCGUGCCAUCCUCGCAGCUCCGGCAGCUGCUGCUCUUGGGGAUCAUCCUACCCAGGCCGAUGCCGUGGAUCCACCACUCGCGUGUCCCCAAACUCUCCAAGCUGGUGCUGCAGGUGGAGACCCUGGAGGUGCAACAUGUGCAGAUCCUCGGGCAGAUGCCGUCGCUCCGCUCCCUCUGCCUCCACAUCCACUGCUACGGCAACCGUUUGUUGUACACCGCCGGCAAGCACGAGUUCAUGGUGCUGGCAUACCUGUACGUCACCAACAUAGAGCUGAUAUGUGGAGAGGGAGCACUUCCAAGGAUUCAGGAGCUGGAGGUUGGCGGAAUCAGGGUGGGGACGGACGUUGGUCUGCGGGGGAACAUGCCUCUCCUUGAGAGGGUCAGCUACCAUCUCGACUGCUGGGGUUGCAGCCCCGUGGAGGUGAUCAACGCAGAAGAAGAGCUAAGGCAGGCGAGCCAAGCCCACCCCAACAGUCCAGUGCUCAUCAUAAAGAGAUGGGACGGCGUCGACGUAUGUUCCAUUCCAUUUCAGGGAGCCGCUCAGUUGUCGGAGGAAGCCACCAAGUCAACAAUCAAUCCUCUUCUCUCCGGUGCCUAUGGCCAAAUCCCCCAAGCUGGCUACCUAGAUUGCAGACACACCACCACUAGAGAAAGUCCACACCAUGAAGCCAUGGAGCCAACAAGUCUACCGAUGAUCUUAUUACAGAAAAUCUCAAAUAAUUUCUCCACGAAGAGACUACUUGGUCAAGGCCACCGCAACACUCCAGCCCUCACCAUGAAGAGGUCUAACGCCGACGUAUGUUCCCCUUCAUUUCAGGGACCGUGCCGGAGUGGUUCUGAAUAUGAAGGACAAGUCUCUACCAACAGCAUUUCAGCUUGUAUCAGCAACCAGUGUACAACCAAUGUAGAGCCACAUCCACCUCGGGUCGACACGGCCGGCAGUACACUCUCACUGCUUAACAGCACAGAUGGAGCCGCUCUUCUGCUGGAGGAAGCCCCUAAGUCAACAAUCGGCCCUCUUCCCUCCAGUGGCAAUUGCGACACCCCCCAAGUUGGCAACCUAGACUGCAGCAGGCACACCACCACCGGAGAAAGGUCACCCAGUGAAGCCAUGGAGCUAACAAGUCUAACGAUGACAUUGUUACAAAAAAUCACAAAUAAUUUCUCCAAGGAGCGACUACUUGGUGAAGGCGGAUAUGGAAAAGUUUAUCUGGGUGUGCAUGAUGACGGACAAGAGAUUGCUGUCAAGCUGCUCAAUGCUAACUUGCAAACAAUUGAUAAUGAACAAUUCACACGUGAGUUUCGUAACCUUAUGAUGCUAAAGCAUCAAAACACUGUACGGUUAGUUGGCUACUGCUAUGAAACACAACAUCAACCUAUGGACUUCGAAGGAAGAUUUGUUUUUAGUGAAAGAAUACAUAAAGCCCUUUGCUUCGAGUAUAUGCCUCAGGGGAGCCUUCACGACCGUCUUUCUGGUAUGAGGCCGCUCCAGUUCAUGUAUAUUACAUACAUACGUAUUAAGCACGUGAAGAAAAAUGUCAUCUAUGUCUGGAUUCCAUUGAUAACCUCUUUGUAUAAUAAAUUUGCAGAUAAAUGUAAUGUACUUGAUUGGCAAACACGUUACAAAAUUAUCAAAGGGACGUGUGAAGGUGUAAAAUACCUUCAUGAAGGAUUGGAAAAACCAUUUUACCAUCUGGACCUAAAACUGGGCAAUAUACUUCUAGAUGAAAACAUGGCCCCAAAACUUGCCGAUUUCGGUCUGUCCAAGCUCUUCAACGAAGAACAAACCUGCAGGGUGACGCAAAAUUUACGCGCAGGAACUAUUGGAUACAUGCCACCGGAAUACAUAAAUGGAGGCACGGUCUCAAAGAAGUUUGACAUAUUCAGCUUGGGUGUUGUCAUGACCAAGAUAAUUGCAGGGCCUAGCGGCCACACCAAAUGUGCUGAAAUGCAGCAUCAAGAUUUUCUUGAUCAAGUAGAAGGAAAUUGGAGAAAAAGUUUGAAAGAAACAUGGAGUUCUCCCAAGCUACUAGACGCACAAUGCCGGCAAGUGAAAAUAUGCACUGAGAUUGCACUCAGUUGCAUGAAGACGGAUAGGCACGGAAGGCCAAGUAUAGUGGAUAUCAUAAAUGACCUUAACGAGACUGAAACUUUUAUUGAAAAUGUUAGCAAUUGUGAACAAGAUCCAUCACUGCUUACUUCCACUUCAAAUAGUGUUCAACCUGCAGCAUCACCUCCACCUUCAACACAAUCUCCACCACCUUCUCCAACCAGUGGCGGAGGCAGGAAUAGUAAAUUUAUGAUCUCGAGGGGGGCCCAAUUAACAAAACAUAACAAAAAGUUUACUGUUCACGCCCAAAAUGCAAAGAAGUGGCUAAUGUCGGGGAGGGCCGGGGGCCCUGUUGAUCCCCCCCUGCCUCCGCCACUGUCUCCAACACCAUCUGCCAUUGCCACCUUCUCCAACGUUCUGACGCUAGGCCAUGAUGAAAUUGAUGUAACGUGGGAUGCUAAAGAUCAAUUCCCUGAGAAUUCCAAAGCUGAGGUGGCAGGUGUAGGAGAGGAGGAGGACCUACCAGUUGAAUCGUCUGCAAGGGUUCAAGAGAUGUUUGGGAAUACAGACUAACUGUCUGGACCCAGAAGGGGACGCAGAAGAGAAUAUUUCUAGGUCAUCAGGGGCUCCAAUCAGGGACACGGUGCAACCAAGCUACUGCAAACCAUGUUGAACCUCAGCAACAACGUGACUGAGAUUGAAAGGGAACAUUAGAGACAUCUAGACAUCUGUGACAUACAUCAAUACCCUGUCUUGAAGCAGAGAUCGCAGUUGGCUCAAGCUUAUAAGACCAUCUCCUUAGCAUGGUCUGACCUCACUAAUGUGUCUUAUGGUAGCUUUCUAAUAAUAUUUUGUUGAUUGAUCAGUAACAGAUAUUAAUAGUUUCAUCAUCAUAAUAAAAUAUAUUGUACUACUAAUUCUAUAUGUGAGGCCUGAAGCAUGUUCACCAUCAUGGGUUUUCAAAUAGAGGCUGAAAAUGUAUUAUGGUAGAAAGACGAGUUUGUGGUUAAUGAAUAUUUACCAUAAGUUC